GCCGAGCCGGCAGCUCUAGGAGAUUCCGGGAUGAGCGCGGCGGAGGUCGACCGCUGGGCGUGGCUGCUGGUGCUCAGCUUCGUGUUUGGGUGCAAUGUCCUCAGGAUUCUCCUCCCGUCCUUCUCCUCCUUCAUGUCCAGGGUGCUGCAGAAGGAUGCCGAGCAGGAGUCGCAGAUGAGAGCAGAGAUCCAGGGUAUGAAGCAAGAACUCUCCACCGUCAACAUGAUGGACGAAUUCGCCAGAUAUGCCAGGCUGGAGAGAAAGAUCAACAAGAUGACGGAUAAGCUUAAAACUCACGUGAAAGCUCGGACAGCCCAAUUGGCCAAGAUAAAAUGGGUUAUAAGUGUUGCCUUCUAUGUAUUGCAAGCUGCCCUGAUGGUGUCGCUCAUUUGGAAAUACUACUCUGUCCCUGUGGCCGUGGUACCGAGUAAAUGGAUAACUCCACUAGACCGCCUGGUAGCAUUUCCUACCAGAGUAGCAGGUGGUGUUGGAAUCACCUGUUGGAUUUUAGUCUGUAACAAAGUCGUGGCUAUUGUGCUGCACCCUUUCAGCUGAGAGACCAGACGAGUCCAGCUGAGACACUUGUCAACAGUGGAUUUUCCCUUAUAGGCUAAAAACCUGAUACUUUUUUUUUUUUAAAGGAAACAGAAGC